CUCUUGUGUCACUCUAGUACUGUAAAUAUUUAUGUAUUUGUUUAUUUAAAUUUUUAUUAAAAUGGAUACAACUGAUACAAGAAGAUCUUGUAAAUUACUUUUGGCAGCUACAGGUAGCGUAGCUGCCUUAAAAAUACCGAAUCUAAUAAAAGCUCUAUUAGAAAUACCUCCGGACCAAAUGACUUAUGACUUCGAGGUGCACUUGGUAGUGACGGAACAUGCAAAACAUUUCUUUAAAAUGUCGGAUUUGCCUGCUCACGUGAAAGUGUAUGACGAUAGUUUGGAGUGGCAAGCUUGGAAGCAAAGAGGUGACCCUGUUUUACACAUUGAGCUUGGCAAGCUGGCCGACAUUAUGGUGAUAGCUCCACUAGAUGCUAAUACACUGGCGAAGAUGGCUCAAGGCCUUUGUGAUAACUUACUCACCUGCACAACCAGAGCGUGGGACAUGUCCAAACCAUUGAUCUUCUGCCCUGCAAUGAACACGAGGAUGUGGGAGCAUCCCAUCACUGCCCAGCAAAUAAACUUGCUAAAGCAAUGGGGCCAUACUGAAAUACCACCGAUCAGUAAAACUUUGAUGUGUGGGGAAACUGGUGUUGGGGCAAUGGCUGAAGUAGAAACCAUUGUUGAGAAAAUCAAGAGUGUCGCUGAUGAAAAAUUCAAUGUUAAUUUUGAUUAACUAUUUUUCUUUUUAAGGUGAUUUAAAAGUACUUGGAUCUUUUUACUUGUUAGGUUGAUAUGAGAGUAUGGAAGGUUUAUUUAAUAGAGUUGCACACUUCAUUGUUAUUUAAAAAUUGAAAAUCUGUUUAUUUUUUGCAUUUCAAAUAUAAUAUUUGGCCAUUUUGUUUGUACUCAAAUUACUUUUCGACAGUACGGCCGACGUAUCUUGGCGAGUCUGAAGUUAGCCGUUUGGCUGCGCAAUGGAUCUUUUAGGAAGAAAAUUGAGUACUGUGCUGCUAAUCAGCUAACUUCAGACUCGCCAAGAUACGUCGGCAGUAUUGUACUCAGGCAAGUAAGUUGCUAAGUAAACUUUAUUCCAUUUUUAUGAUGUACUUUAUUUUUGUUUGGUACUUAAAGAAAGAUAUUUAAAAGAUAUACUCAGAUCUCACUUUCUUAAUGGUUAUGAAAUCCACAAAUUAGGCUAAGAACCUACACUUUUCCAAAAUUUAUUAGAAGUUUAAGAUUACCUAUUUUAUUAAAAUGUAAUUGCUUUCGAUCACUAAAAAUUCAUUUAUAAUUAAAGUUUUUUAUGUGUUAGUAAUUUAUCUAAUUAGGACCAAAGAAUUGUUUCUUUUUUAGUAGUUAUAGAUUUAUUUUUUAUCUUUUUUUUAUAGAACAAUGUUAUUUACUUUCUUAUUUUGGUAAAUAUAUGUAGAUGAGAAAAUAAUGUAAUUAUAUAAUUUUAUUUUUGAGUUUUGAAUAAACAUACAUAUAUUUCCU